GGCUUUGGUUCGAGUACUGUGAGUUACACGUCGUGAGGUUAUCCUUUUACCAAUUUCGUUGUGUUGCACGUGGUUGAUUACUUAUCCUUUAGGAUGGCUGAGCAAAUUGAAAGAGCUUUUCAAAAACAACCACAUUUGUGUUUAGUUAGCAAAACUCGCAGCAAGAAGAAGUCUUUGAGAAGAGUUAGAGAUGUUGGCUUAGGAUUCAAAACUCCUAGAGAAGCGUUGGAUGGUACCUACAUUGACAAAAAGUGCCCGUUCGUCGGUGAUAUUUCUAUCAGAGGAAGAAUAUUGACUGGAAUUGUUAGAAAAAUGAAGAUGCAGAGGACCAUUGUCAUCAGAAGAGAUUAUCUCCACUAUGUGAAGAAGUAUAAUCGUUUUGAAAAGCGUCACAAGAAUAUGUCAGUCCAUCUAUCACCUUGCUUCAGGGAUGUUGAAAUAGGCGAUAUUGUUACUAUUGGUGAGUGUCGACCAUUGAGCAAAACUGUGAGAUUUAAUGUUUUAAAGGUGUCCAAAGGCACAGGUACAAAAAAGUCUUUCAAGAAAUUUUAAAGAAUUAUUAAUAUUUUUUCUAAAAUGUUCACACCCCUAAUUUUUGUUCUCAGUGCCUUAAAUCACUAACAUGUUUGUUAGUGUCUUCAUUUAUUGUAAUUUUAACAAUUUUAUUUCUGUACUUCACUGUUAUAUGUAACAGAUUCAAUUUAAUUUAAUUGUAUUUCUUGACUAAUUUGUAUCUUCACUUUAAUACAAGACUUUUAUACU